UGUAAAUUGUGAGAUGCUGAGAGUUUUUAGAGGGUAUGUGGACUAAGAAGCAUCUUGGAAAAGGAUAUUUGUUUUCUUUGCAUUGCAAUUUGCAUCACAUUCUUGGAGGAAAUGGACCAGAUUUUGGGUCAGAUGGAGUUUAGGGUCUCCCUAACGGAGUCGACUAUGAUGCGCAUCCUGCAGUGUGCAAUGGACAGGGCACAUGAGAAGCUGAAAUCUAAAAAGGGAGUUCUUGAGGGCUUGAAUGGGAUAUCGAAAUUCUAUGAAUUGGCAGUGAUGCAAUUAGAGGGGUGUUUGAAGUUUGUUCAAGAAGAAAUGGACAGAAAUCCUCUUGAGAGCAAUUAUAAUGAUGUGCUCUUGGACUUGAUGGAAAUCAAAGAUCGUCUUCAAGGUCGUAUUAGAGAAGCUGACCUUGCUAUCUCCGAGAAGGAUCGUGAAUUGAUGGAAAGACUGGCAAAUGAAAAGAAGCUUAGGCAGGUACUUAAACUGAAAGAGAGAGAAGUGGGUUCGUUGCGUGCCGACCUUGAACUUGAGAAGACAAAGAGUGGGGAAAUUGAGGAGCUCAUUCUUAACAACCGUGUAACUACUGAUGAAGAAAGGGAAGGUCAAUUCUGUGAGCUGAAGAAUUCAGUUGAUCAGCAGGUAUGGAACAUCAAACAACAGCUUGAACCUGACCCUUUAGUCACAGAUGAGGACAGAACCCGGGGUAUUGAAAACAGAAAAGUUGAGCAGAUGGGUUCAGAUAUCAACAUUUUGAAGGAUACUUUGGAUCUUGCUUUUGGCAAGAUGCACAAUGCCAUGUUCUUGUCAGAGCUUGGGCCAGUAGAGCACCAAUGGAGGUGGAAGAUUGAGAGAGUUACAACUGCUACAGUGAUUAAAGGUUCUCUGAAGGAUUUCCAGGAGAAAUUUGAAGAGGAAGUUAAGAAGCGUGAGAUGCAAGUUUCCAUGGACUUGAGCAAGAACUUGUCAGGUAUUAUAAGGGAGAUGACUUGCUUGCACCACGAGCUUGAGCUUCUUAGUUACCAGGAUGAGGUUGAAGUAGAAAACACAAAAGGCUCUAAGACUCCACCUCUUGUACCCCAUCCUAACCCUCCAAUUAAGAGUUCUUUAAAAGCAAGAGGGGAGUCUUCAUCGGCCGGUAACAGUGAUGAAUUUUACUCCUUCAAGGUUGAAGAAGGGCAAAUGGAACAGGCAGCUGGAAAGGAUCUGAAGGAGGAUGCUGGCCUUGUUGCAAAGAUGAUUAAAAAUCAUGAAUCCAUAAUCCGAAGAAAAAGUGAAGAACUGAAUUUCUUUAAGCCAGAAAUGUUCCAAGAAAGAAGGUACCCUUCUUUCAGGAGAGAGAAGGAAUCUGUUAGCCUGAAAAGAAGGAUCGAAGGAGUUAUGGUGAGACUGGAGAGUUUAAUCAACUGGAGUUCUAGGCUUGGUGAUAUUUGUGGUGAUUGUAAACAAGAUUACAGGGAGGAAAGUAGCCCAGAGAAGAGGUUAUUUAUAGCUGAUAUGGUAUAUGAUGAAAAGUCAGGCAUGGAAAGUAUGGAAGAAGUCUGGGCAAAGUUGAAUAAAACCUGUGUGUCUCAUGCAGUAAAUGAAGAACAGUACAAUGAAAUGAGGAUGCUGAAACAGGAACUGGAAGAUGCAAACCUGCUAGCCAUAAUGAUGGAAGAGACUUUUUUAACAGUUUUCAAAGGUAACAGAAUUGAAGCACAAAUAAUUGAAGAGAUAUAUGGUGCUGUCUUUAGGGAGGCAACAAAGGAUUUUGGCUCAAGUCAGUUAUUGGCAAUAGCUAAUUGUCAGGGUACAAGGAAAGGGAAUAGUUGCUUAGGAAAACCAAUAUCUGCCUGUGUGGUGGAUAAUUUGGGGGGCACCUUAAGGGAGGACACAGGUACAUUUCUUUUCCAGGAAAUAUACAGGGAAUGGAAUGGUGACAUAGAAAGUUAUAUGUCUGAAACCCUUAUCAAGGAAAAGAUAUAUCUGAUUGUCUUUGAUGAGAUCAUAGGAGAUAUUAUCAACACUGCAAAUUUCGCAUUAAGCAAACUGCAAGAGACCAAGGCCACCAACAAUUUUUACCACAGUUUCCAUCCCAGCAACAAGUCUUCUGAAAAUGUAGACAUGUUGAUUGAGGAUGAUAUCUGGAAGGUUUUGCUCAGUGGAAUGGUUGGGGAAUGGAAGAUGAAUUUAGAUGAUUUUAAUAUUGAGAGUCUAAUUAGGGAAGACUUGCACCAGUUUGUCAUUGUUGAGACUGUGAAAGAAACUUUUAGCAUUUCUGGGGAAGCUGAAACCCAGAAGCUUGAAAAAAUUUCAGAGAACUUGUUCCAAGCUGACAAGUUAUGUGGAAGUCCAAAGGAUUGUUUAGGAAGGCAUUUGGAAUUGGAGGAAGGUAUGCAGCUAAGUACCUGUUCUGAAAUUAAGGAACAGAAUUUGUGCCUUGACCUUGUGGGAUUGAAAAAUGAAGGUUUGGAUGAGCACCAGAUCUUUCAAAAAAGGCUUUCUGAGGAAAGUGUUUAUACUUCUGCGAACAGCAAACUUGAGAAAGAUUUGAAGCAGUUUGGUUUAUGUAAGGCACAUUUUAGUCCAUAUGCACACAGAUCAGGUAUAGCAGUUGGGGAUCAAGAGAGGGUUGAUAGAUGGAUGAACCUGACUGUUGGCACUACACAUAAGUGGCAGCUAUUCAUUUCACAAUCAAAGGAUACCAAGGAAAUAGAAACAUCCAAGUCUCUGUUGAACCCCAUCCCUGAAAUGUCAGAAGUACUUAAGGGGUUUGAGGCUCCUUUAUGUAAAAGAUUAGAUGCAAAUAUCAUGAGGUUAGAUGAAAUGAAGCAUCAGCUGGAUCUGCUUGUUGAACUCACCAAAUCACUAAGAAAAAGGGAGUCCCUUUACAGGAAGGCGUUUCUCAGGAGAUGUGAGAAUCUACGGAAAGCUGAGGCAGAGGUGGAUCUUCUGGGAGAUCAAGUAGAUGCACUUCUAGGACUGCUUGAGAAGCUAUACAGGACACUAUGUCAACAUUCAGUGGUAUUCCAGCAAUAUUUUGAGGUUGGAGAAAUUCUGAAGCUGAUAAAGAAAGAACUAGUUGGAGGAAUGAAUGCUUGAAAUGGCUGAUAAAAACAAGCAGUGCUGUAUAAUCAUUAAAGCCAAUGCCCUUUUCCCUCCUAACCUUUGCUUCCUGAAUGAAGGCUUACUUUACAUGUGACCUGGGGAGAUAGGUUAUACAAAGGAUCUUUCACAAUCAAUCCAAUACAAUGCCAAGUAAACAAUUUUUACUUGAAAGAAGUAAAAACAAAUAGAAGAUUGUAUGCAUUCAGGCAAAGUCAACCGAAGCAAGGAAGUCUUCUCUGCUCGAAAGAAGUACAGAACAAGUCCAUUCAUUCCUCGGACGACUAAUGCAAUGAUAUUAUGAGAAAUUUAAAACAAAGAGCAGACAAAAAUCAAGAUCUCAAUUUUCUGGAACUUAACGAGCCACAAUGUCAACAAAAUAUUCUGUAAAUU